AUGACUUCCAUGGCGGAUGUUCCGGUGUACAUGUUACCUGGAGUGCCGGUGGUGCAACCGCCUCAUCUCGAGGGUCUUUCAGAUCCGUCUCUUUCAACUGAAAUUUUACCAGGUCCACCUUCCCUGCUGUCUGUUCAGCAGGCUGCGCACAAGCGCGACCCAAAGAAACCAGGAGCUUUUGUGUCAUAUCUGCCAGCAUCUGAUCCGGGCUCCACUUACUCUGGAUUAAUGGCUUCCACUGCCCUCAGCGCCACCGAUGCUGAAGGGCAACGACGCAAACGUGCUAGGGUCGACAAAGGAACCGCAAAUGGAAGGGCUCAGCGUGCAUCUGCUCGCAACUUGAACAGCAGUACUAUUCCUCUGUCGGAUCUCAUCGUCCCUGAAGCAUCUUCUCGUCAACCCAGUAUACCCCCACUACCAGACUCCGACCCUUUUCCGAUAAACCAUGACUUUGACGAACUUUCAAUUUCUCGAGCUACCUCUGCUCCUGCUCUCGAUGAACCCUUGCCGCCCCAACUGCCUCCUCCAGUUGUAUCAAAUGGGAGAGGAAGACCGAGAAAAGACAAAGGAAAAGGAAAAGAGACGGAAAAACACUCUGUAAAGAUCAAAGAAGAACCAAUGGCCACGUACUCGCUCUCCCCUGACCCUUCACUUGGACUGUUGAACGAAGAUCACUGCUCAUCUUGUCGGUCAUUGGGUGCUCUGGUAUACUGUGAUGGAUGCCCACGAGCCUUUCAUCUCUGGUGUUUGGACCCACCAAUGGAACCUGUGGACCUACCAGAACUUGGAGAGAGGUGGUUUUGUCCUAGCUGCACGAUUCGAAAGCAUCCGCCAAACAAACCACCACCUUCCUUCAUGUCGCCCCUCAUUCAUCAAGCACAGACAAACAUUCCGAAAGAAUUUCAGCUUCCAGAGGAUGUUAGAAGUUUUUUCAAGGAUGUUGCUACUGGUUCCAAUGGGUGUUACGUUGAUAGCUCAGAGAUCAAACCACCUCGCCUGAAUCGUCACGGUCAACUUGAGGAGCGUGAACCUUACCGCCUCAAGGACAAGAACGGCGUCCCUGUGCUUUGCUUCCGUUGCGGAACGUCUACCCUUCCCAGCGUUGUUGAUGUAUCUGCUCCACCGGCAAAGCGUUCCAGGAGGUCAACCUCGUCCUCCCAUAGUGCCACCCCCGAAGUUUGGAGAUGCAUGGUGUCUUGCGAUUACUGCAGCCUUCACUGGCAUUUAGAUUGUCUCGACCCGCCUCUUGUGGCUAUGCCUCCAUUCAAUAAGAAGUGGAUGUGUCCCAACCACGCAGAUCAUGCUUUGCAACCCAAGCGUCGCGUUCCAAAGCAAAACCCACCCAUGAUAGACAUAACAAAACCGCGCCAGUUUAAUAAUGGCAACAUCGACAUCGUCCACCCACAAGGCACUUCGAUAGCAGAGAAGUUAGUCCUGGAUGAAAUCCUUAUCAAUGGUCGAAGAUAUAGGGUUCCGGAGAAAGUGAUCAUGCUCGAUUUCUGGAAUAAGAUCAGUAAAGAUCAGUAUCUUGAUCAAAGGCCACCGGUGUCCGCGAUGUCUUCGCCGCUUACAUCCCUGAGCUCUUUGGAUGAUUUUGAUGAAAGCAUUGGCACAUUACAAGAAGGUCCUCUUAUCUCUCGAGAUGAGUUGCAUGCUGCUCAGGCAUUGUGCAAUUUCCAGCGAAUGCUGACCAUACAAACAGAACAGAGACAUGGCCCUAUCGGUAGUUCAAGGAAUCUCGUUGAUUCCAGUACACAAACGGAAGCAGAGUUACCGCCUACGAUACCUUUGCCCCCGCAGCGCAAAGCACCUAUGAAGUCCACUCUCCCUGCGGCCGAGAACAAGUCGUCAGUACAAACUCCUGACCAGUCGGCUCCGGUGCGGCCCAAGAGGACGCGAACUGCGGUAAAACAGGAGGCGGAGGAAAUCAAUCUACGUCUGCCUGAUAACACCGAGAAGGUAGCAGAGUCUGGGAAGUCCACGAGAAUUACUCGUCAACGCCGGAAGCCCAGACCUUCGGAAGCAGCGAAGGACGCCCAGGCGCCGGCAUCUUGUUCCAUGAUCCGAUCUGUGGGUCCUGAUGCUUCUGACUUGAGUAGUGCUUCGGUAUUGCCCACCUCCAAUCCUCACAAAGCCUCAGUCACAAUCACCCAGUCUGCCCAGUCUGCCACUCCAACGUUGAAGAUACGAUUACCGCGACUGAGUGCUGUCAGCGCUGCAGUACACUCAAAUGCUGCACCACCACCCACGGCACCUGUACACACUGCAGCAAACUCUAAGGAACCUCGCCCGAAGCGCCCAUUACGACGACAGACUUCUGACACUGCUACUGUUUCUUUCAGCGGCACAUCUUCGUCUGCAACUGAUGGUGGUGACGAAUUUGAGCCAAGCAAACCCAGCCAAAAAAGAGAAUCCGUGGAUGAGCUCUAUGGACCAUAUUACGUUGUUCCCAAGGAACCCACUAUACUUGCAGGUCGUGAAUAUGUUGAUCUUCCAGGUUACGACCUAUGGCUACACUUUGUGGACAAUGUUCAUGCAUUCGAUGGGUCCAUUGACAUCGAGCAUUUCCACGACGCCCUGGCAAGCACUUUGCAAAUGUACCCUCAUGCCGCGGGGAAACUGUGCACAACCGGCGGUCGUUGGUUUAUCCAGCUGACAAAUUCCGGACUGGCUGUUGAGGCCGAGGAUCGCAAAGAAGAGUUGUCUACCUCUUUUAUUCAAGGAGACUGGGUCAUUCAAGACGACCUUUCUCCCUUGCUUAGCCAACCACCACCAGAUGCUAUCAUCGUCAAUGGUAGUGCUUCCCUGGUUCGUUUCAAGAUAACAGCGUUCAAAGAUAGGACAUUUCUUGCGGUAUCUUGGCACCACACUCUCGGGUGGGAAAUGGCAGGAGAUGCGGUGGCACUUUUUCGGUUCAUGCAAACGUUGUCCAUGUUCUACCAAAGGAUCAAGCCAGAUUUUUCUCCUCCAACUUUCGACAAAUAUCAGUACCGAACCCCGGAGCCAUCUACGUCUUCAAACUUUCUUCAACUAUUACCUCAUUUGUGGGUCUCUUAUCCUUUCGAUGAGCUCGAGGCCAAAUAUGCCGAGGCCUGCGAGGAUCUGGGAAACCUUAGAUGGAGAUUUCAUGAACAUCAUCUUCAUGCGCUCCACUCCAUGCUCAGUGGCAAUGAGGAGGGCUAUCUUUCGUGGCACGAUUGCCUCACAGCGUAUGUCGUCACUCUACUGAACCGUUCUAUGCCUAGGCCCAUUCGCAUGGUCACGAAUGUUGCUAAUUUUCGGCGUGUUGAAGCUCACUAUAUCGCAAGCAAUGUUGCAGGAAAUGUUAUCCAAAAUAUCCCCACCGGCACCCUGCCAUCUAAUAUGCGAGGUAUCGCCAUUGCUGUGCGGGAAUCGAUUGUUCGGUGCCGUGACCAGAUGUUUCUUGAGGAUUGGAUGGCCGUGACAAGCGAUAUCAUGCUAGCAACUGCCAAUGCUGGGAAAUAUUUCUUCUUUGCUUCGCGUCCUGGCGUGAUGACAAUCAAUUCUAAUGUCGCGAUUGAUUGGUGUGACGCUCACUUCGGGUUCCCUGAUUCUUCCAGUUUUUUCACAACUGGGAUGUCGAAGUUCUAUUUUCGGCCCUUCAAAUCGAACCCCACGCUAUGCGAUGGCACUUGGCGAUCUCGAAAGGGCUCGAUAGACGUAUCUAUGGGUGUUCCGAGAGUACUGAAGGCUAAGCUUGUAGACCGCCUGGCGUUGGAUUUUGAGACGAUCCUUUAUCGGUCACCACGGGACACCGAGCUGCGAAUGGAUACCGGUGCCCAGCCAGGAGUGACACCAUGA